AGAGCAAUAAAGCGGAUGGCGAUUCAACGUUUCGAUGAAAUCAAGGAGGACAAAGUCAAGUUUAACGGCGCAUGUAUGGCGCAAGGCACCUGGAUAUUUGUCGUUGGAUUGCCCAUUUAUUCCCCUCACUUUGAUUGCAGGCUGUUCUGCACCCGAAGUCGUAGGGGGCAGGCAGAAUCCUAG